CCGCAGAAGGCCAGGGUCUUUCGCACAGCCACCUGUGUGUCUCAUCAGGCUCUGGGACUGCCCCCAACACACACCUGCGGGAAUCUGAGGACGCUUGGGAAGCCCAGAGUCAGCACUGAGAGGAGGUGGGAUGCCUGCGCAUCUCCAAGUCCCUCCUCCGAGAAGCCCCUCCUAAUCUCACCCAGCCGGGUCUGGGCCAGUUCCAGGCAAAAGUAAAGAAGCGGAAAUAAAGAGAAUAAACAAAGAGCUGGCAAACAUUAGAUCAAAAUUUAAAGGUGACAAGGCUCUGGAUGGCUACAGCAAGAAGAAGUACGUGUGCAAGUUGCUCUUCAUCUUCCUCCUGGGCCACGACAUCGACUUCGGGCACAUGGAGGCUGUGAACCUGCUCAGCUCCAACAGAUACACGGAGAAGCAGAUCGGCUACCUGUUCAUCUCGGUGCUGGUGAACUCCAACUCGGAGCUGAUCCGCCUCAUCAACAACGCCGUGAAGAACGACCUGGCCAGCCGCAACCCCAGCUUCAUGGGCCUGGCACUGCACUGCAUCGCCAAUGUGGGCAGCCGCGAGAUGGCCGAGGCCUUUGCAGCUGACGUGCCCAGGAUCCUCGUGGCCGGAGACACCAUGGACAGUGUGAAGCAGAGCGCCGCCCUGUGCCUGCUGCGCUUAUACAGGACGUCUCCCGACCUCGUCCCCAUGGGCGACUGGACGUCCCGCGUGGUGCACCUCCUCAACGACCAGCACCUGGGCGUGGUGACUGCUGCCACCAGUCUCAUCACCACCUUAGCACAGAAGAACCCAGAAGAGUUUAAAACCUCUGUCUCUCUGGCCGUCUCCAGGUUAAGCAGAAUUGUGACGUCGGCGUCCACGGAUCUUCAGGACUACACUUACUAUUUCGUCCCAGCCCCCUGGCUGUCAGUCAAGCUCCUGCGGUUGCUGCAGUGCUACCCACCCCCAGAAGACCCUGCAGUGCGAGGCCGCCUUACCGAGUGCCUGGAGACCAUUCUGAACAAGGCCCAGGAGCCGCCCAAGUCCAAGAAGGUGCAGCACUCCAACGCCAAGAACGCCGUGCUCUUCGAGGCUAUCAGCCUCAUCAUCCACCAUGACAGUGAGCCGAACCUGCUCGUCCGCGCGUGUAACCAGCUAGGCCAGUUCCUGCAGCACCGGGAGACCAACCUACGCUACCUGGCCCUGGAGAGCAUGUGCACGCUGGCCAGCUCCGAGUUCUCCCACGAGGCAGUCAAGACACACAUCGAGACCGUCAUCAAUGCCCUGAAGACGGAGCGGGACGUGAGUGUGCGGCAGCGGGCUGUGGACCUCCUCUACGCCAUGUGUGACCGCAGCAACGCCCAGCAGAUCGUGGCCGAGAUGCUGAGCUACUUGGAGACGGCUGACUACUCUAUUCGAGAAGAGAUUGUGCUGAAGGUCGCCAUCCUGGCAGAGAAGUACGCUGUGGACUACACGUGGUACGUGGACACCAUCCUGAACCUGAUCCGCAUUGCCGGCGACUAUGUGAGCGAGGAGGUGUGGUACCGCGUCAUCCAGAUUGUCAUCAACCGGGACGACGUGCAGGGCUACGCUGCCAAGACGGUGUUUGAGGCCCUCCAGGCCCCGGCGUGCCACGAGAACCUGGUCAAGGUGGGCGGCUACAUCCUGGGGGAGUUCGGAAACUUGAUAGCGGGAGACCCGAGAUCCAGCCCUCUGAUCCAGUUCGACCUGCUGCAUUCCAAGUUCCACCUGUGUGGCGCCCCAACCCGGGCGCUCCUCCUGUCCACUUACAUCAAGUUCGUGAACCUCUUUCCGGAGGUGAAGACCACCAUCCAGGACGUGCUACGCAGCGACAGCCAGCUGAGGAACGCGGACGUGGAGCUGCAGCAGCGGGCCGUGGAGUACCUGCGGCUCAGCACAGUGGCCAGCACCGACAUCCUGGCCACUGUCCUGGAGGAGAUGCCCCCGUUCCCGGAGCGUGAGUCCUCCAUCCUGGCCAAACUCAAGAAGAAGAAGGGCCCGAGCACCGUGACGGACCUGGAGGAGGCCAAGAGAGAGAGGGGCAGCGACAUCAACGGGGGCCCCGAGCCCGCCCCGGCCGGAACCAGUGCCGCGUCCACGCCCUCUCCGUCAGCAGACCUCCUGGGUCUGGGGGCUGCACCCCCCGUCCCCGCAGGCCCCCCACCCUCCUCCGGCGGGCUGCUCGUGGACGUGUUCUCAGACUCACCCUCCGCGGUCGCGCCGCUGGCUCCCGGCUCCGAGGACAACUUUGCCAGGUUUGUCUGUAAAAAUAAUGGUGUGUUGUUUGAAAACCAACUGCUUCAAAUUGGACUGAAGUCUGAAUUUCGGCAGAAUUUAGGUCGUAUGUUCAUAUUUUAUGGUAACAAGACUUCCACGCAGUUCCUGCAUUUCACUCCUACACUCAUCUGUUCGGAUGACCUCCAGGCCAGCCUAAGCCUACAGACCAAGCCUGUGGACCCCACCGUGGAUGGGGGUGCGCAGGUGCAGCAGGCCGUCAACAUCGAGUGCGUGUCCGACUUCGCGGAGGCGCCUGUGCUCAACAUCCAGUUCAGGUAUGGGGGAACCUUUCAGAAUGUGUCUGUUAAGCUGCCUAUCACACUCAACAAAUUUUUCCAGCCCACAGAAAUGGCUUCUCAGGAUUUCUUUCAGCGUUGGAAGCAGCUGAGCAGUCCACAGCAGGAAGUGCAGAGCAUCUUCAGAGCGAAGCACCCAAUGGAUACAGAAAUCACGAAAGCCAAGAUUAUUGGCUUUGGUUCUGCACUCCUGGAGGAAGUCGAUCCUAAUCCUGCAAAUUUUGUGGGAGCCGGUAUCAUUCAUACCAAAACCACGCAGAUUGGAUGCUUGCUGCGCUUGGAGCCGAACCUGCAAGCCCAGAUGUACCGGCUCACGCUGCGGACCAGUAAGGAGAGCGUGUCUCAGAGGCUGUGCGAACUGCUCUCAGAGCAGUUCUGACCCACGGGGCAGCUGCCGUGUCUGCACCUGCCUUCUUCCUGCCCUUGUCUCCGUGACCGUGCUGCGCGCCAGCGCCUGUCUGACAUUGCCGCCGGGGGCUCCCGCCUGCUGCCCGGCUUCGUCCCUCCUGGGGUGGGUUGUGAGGGAGAAGAGGCCCAGCUGGACUCGCCGGCCUGCCGGUCAGGAGGAGGGGCGCGGGUCCUGGGAUCAACUUUCCUAGAAAUCAGGACAGUUCUGUGCGGAAAUCUACAAAUUAAAGGGAAAUUAGAAGUUUGAAUGAAAAUGGACAUUUUUUGGGAAAUUUUUAAAUGAGCGUUCCUCUCUGGCACUCUGAGAGGAGCAGUGUGCAUCUGUGGUGCGGAUGGGUCUAAACUAGGACAUGUGGCCAUUUUGGGGGUGGCUGCUGGGUGCCUGAGACUGUGAGGAUGCCCUGGGCUGGAGCAGUGCGUCCAGGCGCCAACAUGAGCGCAGCAUCUGGGGCGGGGCCCUGACUCUGGAAGUCAGACUCAGCGGUGCUGUGUGUCCUGGCCGCCUUUAGUUCUGUGUUCUUUUCCCAGCGUGGCCUUUUUGAAGGAGACAUUAAAGCCGCCUGAUUGUCUGA